AGUGCCGUGGGUUGCAAGUGACAGAUAACCAACUCAGAGUGGCUUAAACAAUGAGGACAGCUGAGGUCCUGCUGCACCAGGGUGCACCAAUGCAGCAGCCCCUCAGCACUGUUAGGGUGAUGGUUCUCUCCAUCUUUCCUUGUGGCUGUGCGCUUUUCCUUGUAGAGCAAAAUCAAGUCCCGUUUCCUAUUCCUAAGGGUGUCUGGGUGAGGAAGGUUCAGGUGCAAACCAAGGUCAGAAUGACGCUGUCAGUCUCCAUCAGCCAAGCAGGACCCUCAGGUCCAAGGUGGCUGCUGCAGGUCCAGGCAUCACGUGUAACAAUAAGGUCCUUGGCUGGGUAAGGAAUUGGGUCUCGUGUCUCAGUUUAAGAGCGAGGAAACCUCUCCCAGAAGUCCCCAGGAGACCUGUCCUUUUGUCUCGUUGGCCAGAAUUGGAUCACGUGCCCGUGUUAAACCGCCCUGUGUGGUUCACCCAGGACCGGGUCAGGACUGAUGCCUGUGCAGGUCUGGAGCAAGGACAAGGCGUUGAGUCCACCACAAAGGUUCUCCGUGUUAGGGGGCAUAUUCCAGCCCCCAUGGGCUGUGGUGCCCCUUCCUUUGAGCCCAGAACCUCUUUGGCCCCAGUCAUGUUCUACCUGGACCUGUGAUAUUUGUAAUGCACUCGAUGUUACGGCACCAACUAUGUGGCAGGCUCUGUGUUAGGCACAGAGAUACAAGAAUGCUGAGAGGCAACCUCUGACCUGAGGGUGUUCAUCAAAACCAAGACAAACAGGUGACCCCACAGCGAGGGACAGGGAGGCAAGAACCCAGAUGGAAAGCUCUGGCUGGCAGAGGUCACUCACAGAGAGGGCUCAGCCCUAAGACUGGGAGGAGGGAGGAGGUGGGCUGACGGAAAAGAGGAAAGGGAGGUGCUCUUGGCAGAGGGACAGCUGUGUACACAGGUCCUGAAGUGUCAGAAACUCAGCCCAGUGUAGGCAAAACAAUAGAGCCAAGUGGCUCAAAGAAGGGGAAGAGACCUAUGAGGAGGCCAAAGCGGUCAUAUCACACAAGGUCUUGAAUGCCACACCAAGGAGGCUGAACUGAGUCCAGGAGUUGAUGGAGAACCUUUCAGCAAUUUAAAGCAGAUGAAUGAAGAUGUUUAUAAAAAUCUUAACACUUGUCUCUAAGCUCCUGGGAAGCAGGGAUGAUGGCUCGUUUCUCUCUGUCCCCCCUGCAGUGCCGGCCUGGCUGAAUGGCUGUUUCCCCAACUAUAAAAUGCUUUCAACACAAGCUUGAUGAUUUUCUAUGGUCCUUGCCACAGUUGUUUUGUUUUGUUUUUUAAACUAUUUGAGAGCCUGACAUUUUUCUUAAAAAAAAAAAAAAAUCAGGGCAGAUUUCCUAUUCCCAAGGGUGUCAGGAAAGUCCAGGCACAAACCAAGGUUAUGAUGAUGCUGUCAGGUCUCCAUCAGCCAAGCAGGGGGUGUUCGGCCUUAGAGGAGCCAACAGGUGCUUGAGCUUGAUUUUCUCUGAAUUAGCCCCAUUAAAGCUCUGUAAUUAUCGACAAGUGGGUGACAACUCUCAAAGGCCCAUUAGUGACCAACCCUCAUGAUUUUUCCAAGAUGUAAACUUCAGUGGGGUCAUGUGAUUGGAGCGCCCCAAGGGCAGGGCACUGUGGCUCACAGAGAAGCACCUUCUCCUGCCCUUAGGGCCCUCCUCACGCCCAGCACAAGCCCAAGGUGCUUUUCCAACUCGGAGGGCUCUCCAGGGCAGCGGCUGAGCCCCCACUCUCCUUCCCCUAGAGCAACUCUGCUUUUCUCUCUUUUUGUUUCUUAGUUGCAUCCUCCUAAGAUUUCAGCUAAACAAAGUGGCCAAAAAAAAAGCUUUCUGGACCAGGGCAGAGUGGCCCGUGUGUGCCUGUAAUCCCAGCACUUUGGGAGGUGAAGGCGGGAGGAUUGCUUGAGCCCGGGAGUUCAAGACCAGCCUGAGCAACGUAGUGAGACCUACCCCCCCCGCCCCCCCCCCCACACACACACCACUGUCUCUUUUUUUGUAAAUAUAUUUUUUAAAUUAGCCGGGCAUGGUGGUGGGCGCCUGUAGUCCCAGCUACUUGGGAGGCUGAGGUGAGAGGAUCGUUUGAGCCUGGGAGGCUGAACUGUGAUCGCACCACUGUACUCCAGCCUGGGUAACAGAACAAGACCCUGUCUCAAAAAAAAAAAAAACUUCUUGGGAGCCAGUAGGCUUUAAGGGAGAAACUAUCAGGAUGGAAGUGAAGAGGCCUAGAUUCUGUGCCUGGGUCUGCUGGGCCACGCUGAGCAGCUCACCUCCCCUCUCUGAGCCUCAUUUCUCUAAAGGGAAGUGAAGAGUUUGGGCCAUGUGCUCCGUAAGAGAGCUUCACCAGCCUCUCAAAAUUGUGACUGAGCUUCUAUUUAUGAACUAUCAUUUCUUACAGACCUUCCAGUGGAGUUCAAAGAAAUUCAUCAGUCCCUUCCUGGUGACACACUGGGUGUGCUGUUCCUUCCCAGGAGGUGGUGACAGGUGUCAGUUUUCCCCCCAGGCAGUUGGAGAAGAUCGCUGCCCUCCUUGGACAGGGGUUUCUGUAGAGCCAGUGCAGGGGCUCCUCCCCUGCAGGAGCUGGGUGUCCCAGGGGGAGCAGGCAGCUGCUCUGUCUUCUGGCUGUCCUUCUCUGGGGUUGGGAAACAGGCAGAAAUGAGAAUGUGCAUUUUUACACUUGGGUGUCACACCAGAUCCCAGCUCCUGGGAGCACCUGGAGGGCAAGUUGGUUUGAAUGGACCAGCCAUGUGUGUCUGCAUCUGCUGUUUGUGGGUCUCACAGGUGUGGCCAAGGCAUGGUCCCUGUGCUCAGGGGGCUAAUUCGCUGGGGGAACAAACCCCAGGUAGGCCUGACCUGAACAGCAGAUCCAUUUACUCUCAUGUAAAGCCAACAGCUUCAGAGAAUAACAGAUUGGUGCAUCUUGGGCUGUGGCUGUGUUCAUUGCUGCAGGAGCAGUGGGAUAUACCUCCCUUCCUGCAGCCUCACCUGCCUGGUGUGGAGAUGGCAGCUAGCAUGCAGGCAGCUGAAGGUCAGCUAUAGCCAUUGCUGCUGCACACAUACCCUGCUCAGGAGAACGUGCCUCAGGCUUCACUCAAGACCUAGUAUUUAUUUAUUUUUUUGAGACAGGAUCUCGCUGUGUCGCCCAGGUUGGAUACAGUGGCACAGUCACACUCACUGUAGCCUCAACUUCCUGGGCUCAAGCGGUCCUCCCACCUCAGCCUCCCGAGUAGCUGGGACCACAGGCAUGCGCCACCAUUCCCGGCUAUUUUUGUAUUUUUUGUAGAAAUGGGUGUUUCCAUGUUGGCCAGGCCGGUCUUGAAAUCCUGGGCUCAAGUGAUCCACCCGCCUCAGCCUCCCAAAGUGCUGGGAUUAUAGGCGUGAGCCACCACACCCGGCCAUUUUUGUAGUUUUUGUUGCCAUGUUGGCCAGGCUGGUCUCAAACUCCUGAGCUCAAGUGAUCCAUCCACUUCGGCCUCCCAAACUGCUGGGAUGACAGGCAUGAGCACCACACCAGCCACUCAAGGCCUGUUGUCUCUUAGUUUGCACACAGUUCCAACAAGUAUCAUCACCUGGUCUCAUGGGAGAAACAAUUAUUGAAUAGGUGAGAGCUGUCUGCGCCAACACAGACAAGUAAUCUAAUAGGAGUUUCAGGCUGAUGUCAAAGGAAGAGGCAGAAACAUGAAGAAAACCGAAAAGAGGGCCACCCGGGACCCUCUGGUGCAGGGGUUGCCUCGUGUCCCCUUUUGCCUCUGGACCAUGACCGUGACAUACGGAAGAGUCAUCGUGGCCAUAGCAAUGACUCAGGUUAUUCAGAAAAGUUUAAGUGACUAUUUGUAUGUUCUGUUCCCAAAGGCAGGGAGGGAAAUGAGCCAAUUGAGGACAGUUUCAUUCCAGAAUGGGUCUUAGAGAAGCCAGUACUGUUAGCUAGAAAAUCCACCAUAGGGAUCUGCUCCUUCUAUAAUGAUCUACUGAGCACCUCCUACACCCCAGGCACACUGUGCUGUGAGGUGGAUACUACCGUUGUCUCCAUUUUACAGAUGAGCAAACUGAGGCAUAAAGACGUUAGAUAAGCUGGCCACACAGCAGGGAAGUGCACGCUGGGAUUUGAACCGAGGAGACUGAUGUCAGAGGGCAGGUCUUGCACCCCACACUGCUGCAAAGACAGAGACAUGUGCCUGAUCCGUGUUAGAAGGGGAUGAUCUAGACAAAUGCCACUCCCAUCACCAGCUCAGAAUAAAGGACACUCCACACUCGUGGCCUUUCAUUAGCCAAUUUCCCUUCAGACCCAAGAAACUUUGUUAUGCCUGGGCCCAGCACUCGCCCAGAGAUCUGCAAACUUGUUCUAUAAAGAAGGGCUGGAUAGUAAAUAUUUUCAGCUAUGCAGGCCAUAGGGUCUGCUUCUGAAGUAGGAAAGCAGCCGCAGACGAGAUGUACAUGAUGGGCCUGGUCAGGUGUGGCCGUAAUUGGAUCUAGAUCCAUGUUGGGAGCCUAGCUCAGAGCCUGAAGAGCACAGUCUUUCAAGUUUGGCCUUCCCUUAUCCCAGGAUCACACCAGCCACUAAGCCUGCACCUGCUGGUUGGCCUGUGGUUGGAAUCGUCACCUCCCCCAGCCCCUCUUUGCCAUUGGCCAACUCCUACUCAUCCCUCAUGGCUCAGGUGAAGCAUCACCUCCUCCAGGAAGCCUUCCCUGGUGGUCCCAAUUCACAUGGGCUCCCCAUGGCUCCCGGCUCACCAGACUCUACUGCGGCAAAUUAUUUCCAUUUGUUCCUCCCCUUAGGCUGUGCUUUCCUUGGGGUAGGGACUCUGCCUCACAGAUGUCCAUCCCCUAGAGUCUGGCAUGUUGUAAACACUUGGUAAAUAAUGAAGGAAUGUGACACCAGUUGACCAGCCCUGCAGCCUGGGAGCAGGCUCUGGGCUUCUGAAGCCAUCUGUGAAUGUGCAUCUUGCUGUCUGCGGACUGCCCCCAAGCUCUGCCCCCCACCAUCAUCUCCAAGCUCUGCCCCCACCAUCACCUCGGCCUUCAUGCUGGGAGCCGCUUCUGCAUGGAAAGCCACAGCUGCUAUGAGUGAUUACCCCCGGGGAGGGAGGCAGCUGCACCCAAUUAUGGCUGCACCCUCCCCCUGGCUUUUGGGAGUUACCAUUGCCAUUGAGAGACUUGGGGGCAGCAGUAUGAGGACUCAGCUGGCUCCUCACAGCCUGCUCGGGGUUCCCAAUGGGCCAGAGAGACAGAGGAGCUGCAGUCCUGUGUGUUGGCUGGGGGACUGUUGAGCAAAUCAGCUGAUCUUCCUGGCCAGGGCCUGUCCCUCUCAAAGCCUCAUCUCCUCCACCUUGUGUGAUCCUUGUGACAUUUCACAGGUGAGGGAAACUGAGGCACGGGGCCCAGACUGGCAGUUGCACCAGGAGGGCAGGAACUCCUUUGGCUGGGUGCCCAGCUCAGGUGGGCCACGCACUGGGCCAGACAGGGAACUGGAGUGACCCACCUGACUUCUCUGGGUCUCAGCUCCUCCUCUGGAAAGUGGGGAGAUUAUUGUGACUUCCCAGGGUUGGGUGGGACUGGGAGGAUGGGUGAGGGGCUGGCAUAGAGCAGGUGCUUGGUUGGUGGCAGCCGCCAUGGAACGGUGGCACCUGCCCAGGCCAGGCUCAUCUGGUCUCACAGGGGCAGGCGAAGCCUCUCCAAGAUGGGGCCAGGGUGGGACCUGUGCCCUCCUCUGUCCGCAGCCGCCCUGGGCACGCUGGACUUCAGCCUGCUGUAUGACCAGGAGAACAACGCCCUCCACUGCACCAUCACCAAGGCCAAGGGCCUGAAGCCAAUGGACCACAAUGGGCUGGCAGACCCCUACGUCAAGCUGCACCUGCUGCCAGGAGCCAGUAAGGCAAAUAAGCUCAGAACAAAAACUCUCCGUAACACUCUGAACCCCACAUGGAACGAGACCCUCACUUACUACGGGAUCACAGAUGAAGACAUGAUCCGCAAGACCCUGCGGAUCUCUGUGUGUGACGAGGACAAAUUCCGGCACAAUGAGUUCAUCAGGGAGACACGUGUGCCCCUGAAGAAGCUGAAACCCAACCACACCAAGACCUUCAGCAUCUGCCUGGAGAAGCGGCUGCCGGUGGACAAGACCGAAGACAAGUCCCCGGAGGAGCGGGGCCGCAUCCUCAUCUCCCUCAAGUACAGCUCGCAGAAGCAGGACCUGCUGGUAGGCAUCGUGCAGCGCGCCCACCUGGCCGCCAUGGACGCCAAUGGCUACUCGGACCCCUACGUGAAAACAUACCUGAGGCCAGAUGUGGACAAGAAAUCCAAACAUAAGACAGCGGUGAAGAAAAAAACCCUGAACCCGGAGUUUAAUGAGGAGUUCUGUUACGAGAUCAAGCAUGGGGACCUGGCCAAGAAGUCCCUGGAGGUCACCGUUUGGGAUUACGACAUUGGAAAAUCCAAUGAUUUCAUUGGUGGUGUGGUUCUGGGCAUCCAUGCCAAGGGGGAGCGCCUGAAGCACUGGUUUGACUGCCUGAAGAACAAGGACAAGCGCAUCGAGCCCUGGCACACGCUCACCAGCGAGCUCCCAGGGGCCGUGCUCAGCGACUGAUGCCCACCCGCCACUGCUACCCCUGCCACCACCUGCGCCCAGCACGGCCGGCCCCGGGCUUCCCCAGCAGCCACCAAGGCCUGUGGCCCCCACACUGGGGGAGAUCCAGAACCCCUGCUUGGACACAGAGCCACUGCAGUCCCCGCUCGGAGGAUGUGGAGGGCUCAGCCACUCUGGGACGGGGAGGGCAAGGAGCUGGGGUGGGGGGCUCUCAGCCCUCUGGCGCCCAAGAGGCCGGUGGUGGAAAGAGACCUCAGCACCUGCCCAGGGGAAGGGGACACGCCCAUCUGGGAGCAAAGACCCUUCUAGAGGACAGCCCUGGUUGAGAGGACAGGAGUGUGGGGGUGCCUUGGCAGACAGUGGGAACAGAGGAGGGAGGUGGUGAGCAGACAGACAGGUGGAGGAUGGGACCUUGAAGACUGGCUGCUCCAGCCCAAGAAAGCCUGACUGCAUCCCUCAUCUCCUUCGCUGCUGGACAGAUGGAAGAAGCGGGCCUGCCGGCCAAAAGUCUGCCAGAGUUCCCGGAGGCUCCUGAUGACGGGUAAAUUGGCACAUGCUUCACUCAAUUAUUCCACAAGCCCUGGGGGUGAAUGAGACACAGGGCCUGCCCUCAGGGAGUUCCCAUCUAGUCAGGAAGCUGGGAACAAACCAUUCCAACUGGGGUGAGAAAUACCAAGACCAGCUUGGCCAGUCUGCAAGUACUGUGGGCUCUGUUGACUCUGCCGGGAGGUCAGGGAAGGCUUCCUGGAGGAGGCGGUGCUUCCGUAAGGCCUAUGGAGGGUGAGUGGGGGCUUCUAAAAGCAGUCCAGGCAGUGGGAGUGGUCUAAAACGGCCUGGAGAGAGAAAGCCAAUGGGGCCGGGGUGCUGUGGACCCAGGGUCUCCUCUCCAGGGGAGGGUUUGUUAGGAAGGUGUGAGGCUCGAGGCAGGAGGUGGGGGACGUGAUCGAAACACCAUGGAGAAACUGGUGUGGGCUGAAGUUCAGACCUCAGACCCAAGUCUCCCACUCUGAUCUCUUUCUACUCCUGAGGGACCUCAAGGGCGGAGCCCGCCCCUCCUCCUUCCUGGCAUAAGCAUCAGGUCCGCUGCGGUGGAGAAAAGGGUCCCUUGUGCUUGGGAAAAAAGCAAGCAUUCCUCCACGUCCUGACUCUCCCUUCCCCUCCCCUCCACUCCCUGGCUCACACUGGGGGCCUCCGGGUGCUUGCUCGUGGCAUCUUGGUCCCACUACCGCCACAGAUGUCCCUUUUGGGAGUAAUCAGUGGCCGUCCAGGGCCUUGUCCACCCUCCAGGAGCUGAGCAAGAAUCACCCUGGCUGGUGGGCCUGUCUGCUCCCCUGAGUGAGACUCCCCAGGAGGCUUGAGAUUAUCUGAAUCUUGGGGCCCAUGCCUGAAGCCCACAAACUUUCUCUGCCUACCAAGGGCCCCUCAGGAACGCUGGGUGAACAAAUACAGAGCCAAGGAGUUGCACAGCCAGAGUCCCAGUGUGCUCAGCCCAUCAGUGUGUGAUGGAAACAGAGGCCCAGAGAGGUCAGGUGACCUGCCCAGGGCCUUCCAGCCCCCACACAGCUGGGACCAGGAUCCACAGCCCCCAGCCCAGAGUGCUGGACACCACACUUCAGGGGAAUUGGCGUGCUGACCUCACACCAGAGAGGUCCUGCUAGCUGCCAGCCUGGGGCUCCCCCGCCUGCUGUCCACCCCUUCAACACCGAUAGAGGGACUCACAGGCACGACGGUGGGACCUUCCAACUGCAGACACAAAGCACACCACCACUUGAGGUCCAGGGUUGUGAUUUGAAUCCUACCAAGUGCCCAUCAGGCCUUUCCCAGGUUGCAGGGAAAACAGGACCCCAGCCCCCACACAGUCCCUGGCCACCUGCUGCUCAUGGAGACUUGUCUCCCCACCUUUAGGAAGGGUUUCUAUGUGAAGGUUUUUGCAUGCACUGGUCUGAACGCAUGUUCACAGCCCUGCAAGGUGGGUUUGAUUCUCAUCCCCAUCUUGCAGGUGAAACAGGUUCCCAGAGUCUGAGUAGUUUGCCAAGGCCACACAGCCAGGAAGGGGUGAACCAGGACUCAAACCCAGGUCCUCUGACUGCCACUUUCUCUCUCUGGGGGUCGGUACCCCCAGUCCCUUCCCUCUUGGUCUGUCGGAGACUCAGCAGAGACACCAGGUGAAGGCUCAGUAAGCUCAGGUGCGUGAUGGAGACCUGGGGUCUUGUCACUGUCCUGCCACCUCAUCCGCUGGCUUUGAAACCAUCCGUGCUACUUCAGGCUUCCCCAGAGGUGUCUAACCUGGCCCCAAAACUCAGCCACCCCACCCUAGCCUCUGGGGGCUGAGGCAAGGGCUCCUCUUUUCUCCACACAGAAUGGGCACCCUCUGAGGGCCUAAGGUAAGAGGUGGUCUCUUUCUAAAAGGCCUGGUGUCUAGUUAAGCUCUGGGUAUCUUCUUAGCUUUGCUUUUUUGGGGGUCUCAUUCAGAGAGGAGAUUUGACAGCCUCUCUGAAGACACAGAAGUGAAUGGCAGAGCGAGAAGAGGCUGUACCCCCCACCUACCAUGACUUCCUUAUUAGGCACAUGGGGAAUGUGAGGCCCAGUGGGUGAGAGGGGCCUGAAGGGGCACAGCUGGGACAAGAACCCAGCACUCCAGCCCCCCAGUCCAGGGCCCUCUACUGCCCAGGCUGUGCAAAUGGGGCUGGGACCGAAAGAUGGGGACAUUCAGGCUGGGAGGCGGGCUUGCUGGCCAGCCAGCCCAGGGGCAGCACAGGCACUCGGGCAGGAACUCCCCAGGAAGUUUGGAAACCUUCUUUCCCUAGGAUCUCAGCACCCUUUUAGAUCCCGUGCAGAUUGUCUUUCUGUUAAAGCGUUUUGAGGCACGAUGGCUCACGCCUGUAAUUGCAGCACUUUGGGAGGCCGAGGCUGGCGGAUCACCUGAGGUCAGGAGUUUGAAACCCACCUGGCCAACAGGGCGAAACCCCAUCUCUACUAAAAAUACAAAAAUUAGCCGGGUGUGGUGGCGCACGCCUGUAGUCCCAGCUACUCAGGGAGGCCGAGGCACGAGAAUUGCUUGAACCCGGGAGGUGAAGGCUGCAGUGAGCCAAGAUCGCGCCACGGCACUCCAGCCUGGGCGACAGAGCAAGACUCCGUCUCAGAAAAAAAAAAAAACAAAAAACGCUUUGAGAAGCUGCAGAAGCGGCUCUGCCUUUGACCCCGAAUGGGCAUCUUUACUCGGGUCCAUCAUCCCCACAAAGACAGGAAAUCUGAUGCCAAAAAAAAAAAAAAGUCAUUCCAGGUGUCAGUAACCAGGCGCUGCCUCCAGCCCCGCCCCGCCCGCCGCCCCGCCCGCCCGCCGCCCCGCCCGCCCGCCGCCUGCGCCAAUCCCCGACGGGCCCGUCUUCCAGCCCCGAAGCGGUCACCUCCUGACCUCUAGUGGCGAGCGCGGGGAACUGCGCCCCGGCUCGUCCGCCCGCCGAGCCCGGGCCGUGCAUGCCCUGCCCGUUGUUCCUUCGCAAGCCGAGUGAACCUCCCGAUGCAUGGACUCUGGCUGUCGUCGACGCAGACUCUCGUGCACUGCUUAACCCCGUUUUGCUGCCAUGUGACGGCUGCAGACACUGUCCUCAAACUGCAGUCCCACAGACAAGUUUUGUAUUUUGGUCUGACCUACCCGAAGGUGUCCUUUUUAAGUCUUAUUUGUUAAUAUUUAUAAUGACAUAUAAUCCAAAGUAAAUGGAAACUUCAUAUUGCGA